AUGGCCCCCGUCAUCGUCGUCCUUGUCCCCGGAGCCUGGCACCAGCCAGCCUGUAUGGACCAGCUUCGGGACGAACUCGGAAAGCUGGGACUCCAUUCCGUCGCCGUGGCUCACCCGUCCAUUGGCAGCACGUUGCAGCCACGGCCAAAUUUGGCAGACGAUGUAGCCAGCCUACACCGCACAAUCAAAAGGCUGGCUGAUGAGGGCCAUCUGGUGACGGCCAUGGCGCACUCCUAUGGCGGCGUGGUUGCCUCUGGGGCGGCCAAGGGCCUCGGAGUGGCAGAGAGAGGUGCAGCCGGACAGGCGGGCGGAAUCACCAUGAUGGUGUAUCUGGCUGCGUUUGCCAUCCCGGCAGGGCAAUCGCUGCUCGAGGCGGUUGGGGGAGUUCCACCCUCUUGGUGGGAUAUCCGGGGCGACCAGGUGUUUGGGGACAGUCCCGUCAUCAGUAAUCCGGCGGAGAUGCUCUACCAUGAUCUCCCCCGCCCGGCGCAAGACUACUGGAUCUCGCAGCUCCGUCCGAUCACGACCGCGGUGAGCGAGCUGCCCAACACGUAUGAGCCGUGGAAGCACCUCUCCUGCACCUAUAUCCUAACCGAGCAGGACCGGGCCAUCCCCUUGGCGGCGCAAGAGGCGAUGGUGGCAUGGAUGGGGGAGGUCACGACAGCGCGGGUGAACGCGUCGCAUUCGCCCUUUCUGAGCAUGCCGGGGGAGGUUGCUCGCCUCGUGCAGCACGCGGUGCAAGAAGGAUUGCAGAAGCUGCCUGCGGAAAGGAAGGCCGAGAUGUGA